AUGGCGAAGACGACGCCUCGCUGCUUCAUCGUGCGGCAUGGCGAGACAGAAUGGUCGAUAUCUGGGAAGCACACAGGCACAACAGACUUGCCACUGACCAAGAACGGCGAAAAGCGUGUGCGAGCUACCGGCCGAGCACUUGUGGGCGAUGACAGACUAAUCGCACCGAAACACCUUGUGCACAUCUACGUCUCUCCCCGCCAACGGGCCCAACGCACCCUUGAGCUCCUCGACAUCGGCUGCCACGACCCCUUCCCCUGGCAAUCAUCCUCUUCCGCACCUCAACAACCCGCCCGAACCGAUGCCCGCGUGACAAUCACCCCCGCCAUCGCCGAAUGGGACUACGGCGCCUACGAAGGCAUAACCUCCGCCGAGAUCCGCACCCGCCUCGCCGACGCCGGCAAGCCCACCGACUGGGACAUCUGGCGCGACGGCUGUCCCGACGGUGAGUCACCGGAGCAGAUCAUCGAGCGAGUGGAUGGGUUGAUUGCGGAGAUCAGGGAGAAGUAUCAUAAGCCUGUGAUUGGGAGGCCAAUUAGUGAGACGCAGGGAAAGGGAGAUGUGAUGGUUGUUGGGCACGGGCAUAUUUUGAGGGCGUUUGCGAUUAGGUGGAUUGGGAAGCCGUUGACGGAGACGGCAUUCAUCAUGGAUGCGGGUGGUGUGGGGACGCUGAGUUACGAGCAUCAUAGGAUUGAGGAGCCGGCAAUAUUGCUGGGUGGGGGAUUUGUCGUUGGUGAUGAGGAUGGGAAGUAG